AUUUUUUGUCACAGGAGCGUAUAUAUGUUGAUAGGCGGCACCAUUAUAUGAUUAUCGAUUUCGCUCGUACAAAAUGAAAAUAUGAGCUUUCGCUUUUAUUCUGAUACCGAUACCCACAAAACCUAGUUAUAGUUUUCGUUCCCACCUCGAUCUCAGCCGUAGCAGCCAUCAAAAAUUUUGCGCACGACCUUUCUAUCUUUUGAAGAUUUGUUUCAUCCAGACUCACUAUAUUUUUCAGCAUGGGCAGCAAUUCGUCGCCACCUUCAGGUGCCGCGGACGGGGUGUUAUCGUCGAAACUCGAUGACGCCGUGCCCAUGCAUUUUCCGUUGACAAAGACCACCCUCCUCAAGCGGCGCAAGUUCUUUAUUUACGCCAUCGGCAACACGCGCGCGACCAACAUUCUCAUACGCCAUGCGAACCUGCAGAAGUGCGCGACCUUUGAAACGGGCGCUUGGUGCACGGGAAAGGACGUCACCAGCGAAUCUGAAAUCGCAACAACAGGCGUGAACACCCGACUGGACCUGGACGUGUUAUGCCUCGGCUGCGGGGAUCUUCGCAAUGUACUGUUCUCGCUGGUUGACGCAGAUCCCACCAACACCACCCUACGGCUUACCAUUAACGACUUCGAUCCCCACGUUCUGGCACGCAACAUCCUCAUACUCGAUUGCAUUUACAACGGCAUCAACAGUGCGACUGCGCCUGCGGACGAAAGAACCACCGAAAAGGAAAACAAGAACAGCAAAACCACAACAAAAAUGAAGAGCAGCACGCUGUCGGUCGAAGAGCUGCGUACGAUCUUUGCGAUAUGGUUUUCCUUGGGCCUUACAGCGACCCAGCGCCGCGCACUGAACAGCAAACUACGGCACCUCAUCAAAGAAUGGGAAGCGACGGGCUCCUGCGACCACGAGGCUUCCAAAGUAGUACAUCCAGAAGGUGCCAAGGAAGGAGAAGGGCCUCGUGAUUCGUGUGCAAUGCAGGAGGGAGAGCCAGCGCCUAGUCCUUGUGGUGUGAAGACCUCGACCAGUUCGAGUUUCCGUUGGAAAAGACGGGUUACCGGCGGACGCGAUGAGAAGGUGCG